AUGAACCUUAGUGCGACUUUUAAUGUCUUAAGGUUGUUUUUCAGUCCGCAUUUGUGUGUGCCCCAAAUGACGAUAAACAGUUUCGGACAGCUUCCUGUUCCGAUCGGACCUAAGAUCAAGGCGGUUGUUCUAGAUAAAGACAAUUGUUUCGCUUUCCCGCACGAAAAUAAGGUGUGGCCUGAAUACGAGGAACUUUGGCAGAAAUUGAAAAAUACGUAUCCCGGAGCAUCAAUGCUCAUUGUGAGCAAUAGUGCGGGUAGUUCAGAUGAUUCUGGGCAUGCGGAAGCUUUGCUCCUCGAGAAAGUAACUGGGGUGCCAGUUUUAAGGCAUUCUUCCAAGAAACCUGGAUGUCGAGACCAAAUUCUAGAGCAUUUUUACAGGGAGAAGGUAAUCGAAAGCCCGCAAGAAAUUGCUGUAGUAGGUGAUAGACUGUUCACAGACAUCCUGAUGGCCAAUUUGAUGGGAUCUUACCCUGUCUGGGUCAAAGAGGGCGUUAAGCUCUGUGAAAGUCCCAUAUGUCGGUUUGAAAAGAUUCUGUUAGAGUGGCUCAGGCCUGAAAAAUGA